AUGUUAGCAAAGAAAUCUUCAAAGCCUCGCCACGGCUACAGCAACACGAACUCAUCUUCCAACGCGAGCGGCGACAAUUCGGACGUGUCUGAUCUUGAAUUUAAAGACUGUUACCUCGCAUACGAGUCCUAUGCUGCCGUGGCCAAGCGUAAUAACCAAUUCGUGAACAUCCGCUGGAGUGAUUUGCAGCGCGCACAGAGCACGACUGAGGUCAAAAAGCUGCUAGCUGCACUGAGUAUAAAGCGUCACAUCACGCGUGAUGGAGAGGCACUGGAGCUGGCUGCACUUGAAUUGUGCUUCGAAUUCCUCACGUUUGACGAGCUGCAACGUACUGCUCAGGUCUGCACGGCCUUACACAACAUCAUCACGACCUCCAAGAUUUUGCUCACGGGUCUUUAUAGUCGUACGUGGCGUAAUGAAAUGUUACCAAGAGUAUACAUUGCGCUGCCCUACCGCGACCAGCUCCAACUGUGCACAGCCCGUCGAUCUGACACAAUUUAUGAGCUAUCAACGCGGGGUGCUGUAUCCGUCUUGUCCAACGGAAAUUGUUGUGUGCUUAACAACUCAAUGUUACGUAACUUUGAUAAGGGAGCCGUCGACUCAAUUCGCGGUACCAAGAGGUUACCCGAUCUAGCUUGCGCGCGCGCCUUGCACAAGAGCAUCAUGUACUUUGAAGCGAGCCUUAAAGGCUGUGGAAGCGUUGGCCUCGUGUCCAUCUCCGACGUGGCGACUCGAAAUGCAUACGGCUUUGGCUCAGGAGAGCACGUAGGCUGGAAGGGCAUUUCGUACGCCUAUCACGGAAAUGACGGUGACUUUGUGUUCAAUGAUGGCACCAAGCCGUAUGGCGGCGAGUGGAGAGCUUUUGGUCCAUCGUGGGGUCGGGUUUUGACUCGACCUGAUUAUAAAAACAAAGAUAUGUGUACGGUUGGUUGUGGCCUUGACGCCAAUAAUCGGCAAAUUUUUUUCACCCUCAACGGUGAGAUGGUUGGGAUGGCACCUGUGAUGGCGCUACCUGGUGACUACGCAGCAGCUGUGUCACUUCAUGCUUUUGGCGACCAAGCAGUGCUUAAUGCUGGAGCAGCUCCAUUUGUAUUUGACAUCGAGGCUUUCUGUGCAAGUCCUUAG